GAUUCGGCUACGAAGGAUAGAAUAACAGGGAUGUCCCGUUCUCUCGUGUAAAGUACCGUGAUUCCUCGUCAGUGCAGUAUAAAAUCUUAAGAAGUUAUAGUAAUAGCAAAUAUUUGUAGCUUGUACAUUUAUGAAGUGCUUCAGAGCAUAUCCCGUUUUAUAGAUAAUUUUAUUAUUUGGUGAGAAACUCUAAGACAUUUUAUUUAUCUAAUUGUAGGUUAUAUUGUGACAUUUAAGGGGAUUUUACCUUGAAACAUGAGACAUACGAGCAUUUAACGAUCGAUAAUUGGAUGAAAGUGCCAGUAGUGCAGACAUAGCUAUAUAAAACAUCGUUAGAAAACUAUCUUUUUUAUAAAUUGACAAUUUUUGUAAAUAAUAGAAAUAUGUAAUAAUUAUUAUGAUCAUAACACCAAUAGAAAUCAACGUGUAAAAAAGGAGUUUCGGAAAUUCCUUCCGCUAUUGGCGGGUAAACUUUAUAUUUAGAUUUUAAAAAUAGCACCAAAAUGGAUCCGAAAAAAUCAAUUAAAUCGACAAAGGAAAAUUUGCAUGAAAUAAGUAAGGCAUUAAUGGAAUGUGUACGCGAAUUCCAGUCAUCACCACAACUUCCUAGCACUACAGAUUGUAAUUCUAUCUUAUAUAAAAGAUUGAAUAUGCAACGUCCUAAAUCACCAAUUGCUAAUAACAUAGAAAUUCAACCCAGUUUGAGCUUUUUAAACAUGCCAUGUAAAAAGUUGAGAAUUAUGUCUGCCAAAGGUAAAGAUCUGGGAGAGUUUAAUAUAGAAAUACAAAAUAAAAAUUCAUCAAAAGAGCAAAUAGUUACCAUCACUAAGUCAGAUAUUUUGAAGCCUGUUUCAAAACCACUAACACUCACUCUAACUCCACUGCCAGUACAGACAAAAAAAACAGAUAUUUCCAUGUAUACAAAAACAAAGACAUUUCCACGUAUACUUAAGCGACGAUCUAUAAACAUAGCAAAAAAUAAAGUGACGAGAAUAACAUCUGAUAAAAAGCAUACUUUUAUAAAGUGUAAUAAAGAUAUAUCAUCAAUACAAUCUGUAAUAUCCAACAAAAAUAAUCAAACUGCGGAUAUUAGUAAGAAAAUACUGACUUGUAAUAAAAUUACUAAUAAAAAAGUAAUAGAGAAUAAUGGGAAUAAAAUAAUUCCUGGAAAUGAGACAGGUCUGGAGUCAGAUUAUACUGCAAAUGGUGAUGGUCGAAAGCACUUAAAAGCAAAACAUAAGCUUAUUACUAUACCAAGAAAAAAAAUAUGUACAAUAAAUAAUGUAAAUACUUUGAUGGAAUUUGAUAAAGUUGAUACAUCAACAAUUCCAGCAGAGAGCAAGAUUUCUUUUACUACAGAAAAUUUAUUUUUUAAAGAAAUUGCUGAGUCACGAUAUCCUAUAGUGAGUUGUGAAAAACUUAUGUUAACUCCUAAAAACAAUAAUGUACAGAAGCGUGUUGGAGCAUGUAAAAACAAACGUAAUUCUACUGCAAAAGCUACCAGAGGUAAAAAAGUAGAUACCUCUUCUGGUUAUGUAUUGAAUUCUAGUAAUAUAUUGAAUUCUGGUAAUGUAUUGAAUUUUGGUAAUGUAUUGAAUUCUGAUAACGUAUUGAAUGCUGGUAGCGUAUUGAAUUCUGAAAACAUAUUGAAUUCUACACAAGUUUAUAACCAGAAAGAUUCAGACCAAAAAAGCAUCAACACCCAUUUAGAAAAUCACAAUAAGGUAGUAAGGUCUUUAGAAAAGAGAAAUAAUUUGUUUCACAUCAAUUUUGAUGUAAUUCACAAGAGUAAGCAAGUACACGAAACAAGAGCGCAAAAAGAUAUUAUGACAAUUGUGCCUAAUCAUAAUAGUCUUUCAUUUGAUAACAAUGCAGUUUCUACAUCAUCAAAACAUAAUACAAAUGACAUGAAUUCAAGAGAAAGACUUGGACAUGAGAGCUCAUCAACUAAUAAUGAUAUACAAUGUGUUUCGGAGUUAGGAAAGAUCACAGAUAUUAGCAGCAAAGACAUACAGUCAAAUGAACAAAACAAAGAUUGUUCUAGGAAUAACUUACCUCAAAAAGAUGUAUCAGAAAAAUGGAAUGUUAUUAGGAAGGCAGUAAACAGUGUAAAAGAUGAAGAGCUGCGUGCACAAGCAUUAAAAGCUUUAGCAGAGUGCUGCAUUGGUGUUGAGAGACAUGUUCCAAAAUGUCCUCCAGAAGAAUUAAAAUCUGUACACGACACGCAAGUACAGACUACAGUGUUCGGACUACUCGACCCAUCAUUUUUCAUAUUACUAAACAAGGACAUAGAAGAGAUCCAAAGAUUAAAACAAGUCACUCAUGAGAUAUUUUACAUGCCAAACUUACCAAUGCAAAACAAUCUAGUUUUUGACAAUGUCAAGCAACCCAAUGGAUGCAAGACUUCUGACACAAUUGAAGAAGGUGACUUCGACAUAGACAGUUACAUCAGUAAAAUAUGCGAGGAAAAUUUAGGCGCUCUUCAAGUGAGGGAAACCUUGUCAACGACAAAUGCGAGAUACCAAAAAAUUAUAGAGCAAUUACAGCAAGACUUCGAACUUGCCAAAAAGUACGACAAAGACGGCAUGCUGAGUAUUCAUAAUGCCGUCAUAAAAAAUAACAUUUACGACGUUCAAAGGUAUCUAAUGAUACUCAAACAGUGUAAAGAAAGUGUCGAUAUAUUGACCGAAGAUGGGGAGACGAGCUUGGAGUUGGCGAUAAAAUAUGACGUGCGCGGUGAUAUCGUAAAGCUCUUGUUGCAAUCUGGAGCCCAGCCAGUGAUACUGCAAUCGUUACGCGAAUCAGCAUUGAUCAUAGCCGCUAAACGGUCAUCAGCGUUGCUAGCGAUGCUUGUUAACCACGUCUCGAGUCCGAAGUUACUGGAUCAAGUAGAUUCGGAAGGUUUUGCUGCCUUGCAUUAUUGCUGUAAAUACUGCGAUGUAGAAGGUGUGAGUGCACUGAUAUUAGCUGGCGCCAAUGUCAAUCUUAAAGAUAUGAAAUCAGGACGAACGCCGUUAUUUCAUGCUUUGGAGAGCGAUAACACCAGCAAUCGACCAAAGGUGGUGCAGAAGCUCAUUCAGGCCGGAGCUAUAACGAGUGUUACGAAUUUCGCAGGGCACAUGCCUCUGCCGAUGACAAACGACGGAAAGAACAUACCGUUCAUGAUGUCAUUGAGAAAAGAUACGAGACAAAUCCCUUCGCCUACGCGAUACUUGCUUUGAAUUAAGGCUCCUAAAUACUUGCAGCAGCCAUAUUGUAAUGUUAAAGACAAAAAAUGAUACACUAAAAAUUCUUGUGUACUAUUUCAAAAUAAAAAGAUAUCUAAAAAAAAAAUACUUCAGAUCGUUAGAGUAUACUUGUAAAAUGCUCCGAACACUAUGCUUCUCUCAUGAUAGUCAAUCAAUAACCACAAAAUGAGUGCAAUAUGAGACUUGAUUAAGCAUAACUAUUUCAACCUCAUAUUAUAAUCACUUUACGGUUAUUGCUUUCAAAGGAAAAAUAUUUUAUAAAUAUAGUUUCUCUAGCGACUUGAAAUAUUCUUUGCAAAUAUAAUUUUGUUUAGAAAUAACAUGCAAAAAUUUUGAGCAUGCGUUUUCUUGCUUCUGACGUUAUCAAUAAAAUGUUCCGCGGCGAGAAAUCAGAAAAUUCAAGAGAAAAUGUUUACAAAUAUGUAUAAAAAUACAUCACAUUUUAACUGCGUUUUCAUUUCUGCAAAAAUUAUUUCAGUAAUUAAAAAAAGAAUGAAAUGAAAUCAUUGCAUGAAAAGGAAAGCAAUAUUUAAAGAGAUCUAUUUUACG